CAUAACAGAUUUUAUUCCUCUCAACUUUUGAAACGAAACGAAGUGUUUCCCUCAAAGACUAUUUUCCUGUGUUUGUCCGUGUCGUCUGUAUAAUAUUUAUUACAAAUUGUUUAUUUUUCUUGUGCUUAACUUAGUUUAGUUUAAAUGUUGUAAACCUUAAAUGUUAUGAGAACGUGAGAGAAAGAACUUUCAUGAUAUAAAGUAGAAAAAUUAAGAAUAAUUGUGAUAUUGAUACAGCCUACAAAUCGCUUUGGAUACUUUGUGAUAUAUAUUUUGUUUAUUUACACGAGAAUGAUUGGACUUGAUCGUUAUUUAGCAAAGAAAAUCAAUACUACUUAUUUUCAAAAACAAAUACAUAAUUUAACUUCGACUUUCACAUUUGUGUUUGUUUUGAUUUUGCAAUAAAUAUACUGGGAAAAUUCUGAUUGUUGUUGUUUGAAUCAUCUUCUUAAACAAUUUGAUACCUAAUUUUUAUGUUUAUUACCAAAGGACUGAAAGAUAUAGUGGCGUUUGAGCCUGGAGACUUGUCUUAUGGUUGGCUGGGCGAGUUCUUCUCAGACAAUUUUCUAUGAUUAAGAGGGCAUGAUUGAGGCAGUGCAGUACAUUCAUAGAGUGGACAGUAGAGCUUGUGACGCUUCAAAAAAAUGGAAAUUAGAAUUAAAUUGUGGCGUGUUGGAUUACGGGCCAGGGCCCCACCAGGUGAGUGAUGUUACUUCAACUAGUGCAUUUACUGAUGGUAACUUAAAUGGUGUAAACUAUGCCGGUGAGCAAACUUCCAGUAGUAACUGUGUGGUGCCCUAUAGUGUUCCUUCAACUAGUAGUAGCCACAAUGUUCGGCAUGUCAAGAUCUCCGGAAGCUCUGAAUCCACUGUUGGAAAUGUAAUUCGAUCAAGCACCAUCAAAUCACAGGACAACUACCAGUCUCGCCAUGGGCUAAAGAGGAAGGCAGAGGACUAUGAUGCCUUGCCUGUCAUUCUUGUCCAAAGCAGAGACAACCAUCUAACAGUGGAAAAUCAAAGCCACAACCAGCGGUUGCAAGUUCAGCAACAGCGGGCUGAAGUUCAGAUUCAACAACCUGGCCCUUCCACCAAAAGAAAUGGAGAUCAAGCAUGCCACAAUAAUUCUCAGAGAAUUCAAUAUCAUCACAAACAAAGUUCUAAGAACUCUUCUUUUCCAAAAAGCAGCUCUUCUGGCAGUGAGGGGGAUUACCAUUUGGUUCAGCAUGAAGUUUUGUAUUCUACUAAUCAUCAGUAUGAAGUUUUGGAAUUUCUUGGACGAGGGACAUUUGGACAAGUCGUAAAGUGCUGGAAGAAAGGAACAAAUGAAAUUGUAGCAAUAAAGAUAUUAAAGAACCACCCUUCCUAUGCAAGACAAGGGCAGAUCGAAGUCAGCAUUCUUCAUAAAUUGAGUCAAGAAGAUGCAGACCAGUACAACUUUGUUAGAGCUUUUGAAUGUUUCACUCACAAAAGUCAUACUUGUUUAGUCUUUGAAAUGUUGGAGCAAAAUCUUUAUGAUUUUUUAAAACAAAACAAGUUCAGUCCUCUAGCUCUGAAAUGCAUCCGUCCGAUUUUGCGUCAAGUAUUAACUGCUUUGCUGAAACUCAAACAACUUGGAUUGAUACAUGCAGAUUUAAAACCAGAAAACAUAAUGCUUGUUGAUCCUAAAAACCAACCCUUGCGUGUCAAAGUCAUUGAUUUUGGUUCUGCCAGUCAUGUUUCCAAAGCUGUCUGCUCCACAUAUCUGCAAAGUCGAUACUACAGAGCUCCUGAAAUAAUAUUAGGUCUUCCAUUUUGUGAAGCAAUUGAUAUGUGGUCUUUAGGCUGUGUCAUUGCUGAACUGUUUCUUGGCUGGCCUCUUUAUCCUGGAUCAUCAGAAUAUGAUCAGAUUCGUUAUAUCAGUCAGACUCAGGGAUUACCAACUGAAAAUAUGUUAAAUUCUGCAACUAAAACCAAUAGGUUUUUCUAUAGAGAGGCUGGUAACAACUAUCCAUUCUGGAGAUUAAAGACACCAGAGGAACAUGAAGCAGAAACUAAUAUCAAAUCUAAAGAAGCUAGAAAGUAUAUAUUUAAUUGCUUAGAUGACAUGGCUCAGGUUAAUGUGCCAAAUGACCUGGAAGGACGAGAACUGGCUGCUGAGAAAAUUGAUCGCAGGGAAUUUAUUGAUUUGUUAAAGCGAAUGUUGACUUUAGAUCAAGAAAGACGUAUUACUCCAUCAGAAGCAUUGAAUCAUAUGUUUACUACUAUGAGUCAUCUCUUAGAUUACGAACAUACAAAUGUCUGGAAAGAGUCAGUGAGAUUACUUCAUAUUGGCACUGCAAAUAAACGCAGUCGUGAUACGGGUACUAGCCAACUUCCUAUUGUGACUGGAUUUGCAUCACCUAGUAAUGUGGCCCUUUUACAAAGCCAGCAGAGAAUAAGUAUUGCUCAACAUCAAGGGUCUACUAGAGGGAAUGGAGCCCCCAGUGUCAACAACAGUAUCUAUCCACCUUCACAGUCUCGUGCCACAGAUUCUUUUCAACAUGUUGCACCCUCUCUCUGUGUUUCUUCUAUAUUGUGUCCCCCAUAUCAGACUUUAAAUUCUCCUGCUAAGCAUGUAGUUCCAGUUGUUGCUGCACAAGCUGCACAACCUCCUGCACUUCAGCUUCAGCAGUCAUUAUUAACUCAGGUUGGAGCUCAUCAAAUUGUGCCUGUAUCAGUUGUUGAGCAAAAUGGACGCCCCAUGCUUUUCACGAAUGCUGUUCAACCCGAUUGGACUGGCAAUCGUCAAAUGUUUGUUAAUUCAUGGCAACAAAUUCCUGCAACAAGAACAUUCCAGCAACCUGUAAUUCCUGAACCCGAGACAUGGGGACGACAACUGGUACUUGAAAGAACAGCAUUGCUACCUGAACAACCUUCACUUAUUCCAGUUGAGGUGCAUGAAACUGCUGUUUACAACCACCUAAGAGAUAAUGGUCAGCUGAAUUCGUUGUUACCACAACAAGGAGCAGGCCCUCCUACCAAUUUAACUCAACCUUGGACAUUGAUGUCAGCUCCUGCUCAGUUUGCAGCGGCAGCUACAAGCCAGCAACAUCGGCAUGUGCAACAGUCUAUGUCCUCUCAUAGACUGUUAAAUAAGAGUUCUACUUCUAGUCUAAGUUUACAGUCGUCAUCAUCCAAAAAACAAGUGAAAGUCAGUAAAGAGAGAGAGAUUUCCCAUCACUUAUCUCCUGCUAGGAAACGGAUGAAAGAGAGUAAUAGCCCAAAAUGGGAGCAUUCUAGUUUGAACACUUCAUCAAAUAUGUUUAUGGCUUCUAGUAAUCAGUCAAAAACAUUACCUAAUCAAACUAUACAUUGGACAUCCCAUAACUCUAAACCUACAUUUAAAGCUAGUUCAAAGCAAAUUAACAUAGUACCUGAAAGGGAGGUUCCAAAGCCUACUAUAGUUAUUUGUGAUACUCCAAGUCCAGCAGUUAGUGUUAUUACUAUAAGUUCCGAUUCAGAAGAUGAAACUGAAGCAGUAGUUGUAAAUAAACACAAACUUCCUGUUGAUAAGAAACCUAUUAAAAGUCAUCUAGGACAAAGUGUUAACACAAUUGUUGCUACUACAUGUGACAGUGUUAUACCUCUAACACCGGACAAUCAAGGUUACUGCAACAUCAAAUAUUUUACUGAACCAGCAGAUUAUAACAAAAGUCACCCCAAAGUUUUCACUGUUGACUCAGAUUCAGAUGACCAAAACAGCCCCAACAAGUAUUCUCAAGUGGUCAUGUCCUCAAGACCUAUAAAACCAGAACCACAAAAAGAUUUAUACAGUUCGAGAGGAAACACGAGUCACAGGAGGAAACUAUUGUCUCAAGUUCCAAAUCUUUAUAGCUCUCAAUGUCAGUUGAGUAAUGGGCAGAUAGUUCAUACCAAGCAGGAGAUAAUCACUGAAGACGAUCUCACAUCUGCACAUGCUCAUGCCUCGUUAUCUGGUGUUCAGACCCAAGCAACUCCUGUUGCUCUUACAAAUGUUUCUAUGGGAGCGCCAAGUUGUUACGGAAGUCAUUCAAAGUCUCAAGACCGUCGUCUGAAGAGCCCCGUGUUUGGUACUGAUAGAAAUUUAGGUAUAAUAUUUGGACACCAACCUCGAAUAAAUGUGAAUGACCUGCUAAUUUCGACACGCUCCUCUCUUCAAGCCUCACCUGUGCCACAUAUCAGCCAGUCACUUUAUUUGGCUUCUAGUCAAACAGACAUGUAUAGGGAUCUUUCAAGACCAGCUGUAUCUUCAAAUCUAUCACAACCAACUUAUAUCUCCACUCCUUCUCAAAAAUAUAUCCUGACCGCCACUGAACAUACAGCUUCUGCCUCGUUUGCCCCUUCUCAGCUGCCGGUUCCUCCGCCUGCCCACCACCACACUAGCAGAACGGCAAUUGCUGCUGCAAUUCCAUAUACAGGAUCCAGUAGUCAUCCACUACCUGCCCACAUGCAACCAGCAACUGUUGGAGCGUCCUCAACCAUGCUACCCUCGUCUGCAGUUCCUCUGGUAUCUUUCCCAUCAAGCUCCACACAACCCGCCUCUGCCCUCUACACCUACAGCAUGAAUGACGGAAGCCCAAUCAAAUCCCAGUUCCACAUAUAUUGCUGAGUUCAGUAUUACUGUGACCUUAUAUUGGUGAAUGUGUGAUUCAAUGCAUGCUGAAUUGCAUUGAGAAAAGUGUGUGAAACUUAGAGUAAAAUCUUUUUUAUAGCUAAAUCGCUUUGAAUAUGUCAAUGGUAUUUUAGAAAUGUGUGGUGUAAAUUUAAAGGUUACUUUUGCUGUAGCUGUCUCUUCUUGUAAGCAGAUCUGCCGAGUAUCUGCUAAGCAUUGACAACAGCUUUUUUUUUAACGAAAAAAAAACACUUUUUGACGCAGCUUUAGAUUGGUUGCAAAGGAAAAAAGCUAGUCCUACAUCUCAGGAGGGACAUUUUUUUUUUGUUGUUGAUGAUAACAUUUGACCUUUGAUGUUGUUGCCUUCAAUGUUGUAUUUCGGAGAAGGUAUUUUGAAAACUGUAGGGUGUGGUUUGUACUAUAAUCACUUUCUCAAGUUUUAUGUUUUAAAAAAAUCAAUAUAUCUGAAUUAUGACUGCAUUAUGACAGAUAAUCUAAUGCACGAUUUAAUAACUGUAAAAUCAAAAGUAGUUAAUGAGGAUUGUAUAAUUGCUUUGGGAACGGGAGCUUUGAAAAUAUUUUAAAAUGUAAAAUAAUGGUAAUAAAAAUUGAAAUAGGAAUUAUAAAUUAAAAAUGUUUCAAGGAAUUAUAUUUGAAAUAUCAAUUAAGGUACACAGAAGGAAAAAAAGUAGAAUAAAAAUCGUGUCUGAAAUAGUUGGUUAAGUUAUAAAUUCUUUUAAAGGGAUUAUAGAAUAAAAAAUCUGCAAUCUCUUAAAUUCUCUAAUAUUUACAAAUGUAUAAUCAUAGCUUUUUUGCUAAUACUUGGUCAUUUCCUUAAAAUAUCUCUUAUAUAUAAAUGCAGUGAUAAUUCGAUUAAAAAAAAACACGAAAAAUAAUUAACUGUUUUAAUAAUAACUGUUUUAAGUUUCAAUAUUUACUAAAAUAGUUUUUGUACUUACAUCUUCUUUUUCCAUUCAUGCAUUAUUUGAUUUAAAUGCUAAAUUAUUUUUGUAGCAAGGUUUUUAUUAUAUAAAUAUGUAAAUAAAUUCUCAUUAAUAUUUAUUUGUGUAAUUAUUUAUAUAUUCGACCACUGAAUUGAAGAAAAAUUUCUAUGUUACUUCGAGAAUUUCCUUAAAUGUGAUAGUUUCAUGUGUUCAAAGAACUUUAUUGUUCUAUGGUUAACUGUUCAAAAAUUCUUUAUAGAUCUCCUCUUAUGCAAUUUUAAAAUACAUUCAAGUAAUGAAUUAAUUUCUGAAAUAUUUUCAUACCACUGACAUAGUCUACUCAUCGAAAUUUAUGACCUUUCUUUCCAUCGCAGUAUUAAUCUUGUGUAUGAGCUGGUGCCUUAUUAAAUCUAUAAAAAAUUAACUUCUAGCAUUUCACAAGCAAUUCUUUUAAUACUCAAAGAAAAACUUAUAAGUGUUGGUAAUGACAGCCUACUUUGUAACUUAGUAAGUUCAGAAUCGUAAGUGUUACCCUCCAAUUAUGCUGUAAUUUUCUAGACUAAUGGAUUUUAAAGUUAAGCAAUCAUAUGUGAAAAUUAUUUUAUGUUUUUUGAAAUUAUUGUAAUGAUAUAAAUUCUUCAAAACUGCAAAUUUUUUUUUUUUCUGUGGUUACAUGUUCAUGUGGUUUUGGUUUCAUGUUUAGCAGUUAAAGGGUAUUUUUUUUUGUUCUUGCAGUAUCAAUAAGAAAUACAUUGAUUUGAAUUAUUGAGCUAAGCUUUCAAAUGAAUCGCUGGUAUAAUAUAAAAUUGUAAUUACAGUUGUCUCUUAUAUGCAUAAACCACAUUUAAUCUUUUUAUUUAAAUAAUUUUUAAAAAUUAAAUUUUUUAACUUAAAGUGCGGAAUAUUUUUAUCACUCGUUGCGCAGACUACCUUUAAUAUAAUGUAAGAAAAAACUUAUAGUUUUUUAAAUUUAAUGUUCACCAUAUUUAGUGUACUCAAUUGUUGUUUAUUUGUUUUUAAUGUUUUUACCAAAUGUCUAUUUCAAACUAGUUUGGUAAAAAUUUAGGUAAAUAGACAAAAUUGUUCUCUGAUUUCAAAACAUUAAAAUGUAUCUUUGCAUAUCCCUUUAUAUGUAUCAAUAAAAAUUGUCAGGAACACUUUUUUUUAUUAUGUUAUGAAGAUGAAAUUCAAUCUAUCUUAGCUAAAACCAUUCAAUUUUACCAUUUUAAUCACAUAUUAAAAUACUUUGGAACCUACAGUGUCUAAAUCAUGGGUGAUCCGCUUUUCCGAGACCACUUAAAAAUGACUAGCACCUCAAAAAAAAAUCUUGUUCUUCAAAAAAGUUUUAAGUUUAUGGGAUAAUACUUUAUUUUUAUGCUUUGUUGUUGCCUAAGCCAAGGAAUUGGAAAUUUUUUAAGAUUCCUCAAUCUAAAUUUGUUAAGUUGGAAAUAGCAUGUUUUAUGUUCUAGAGUACAAAAGGAGUCUUAUUUUUUUUCAUAAAAGAAACAGAAAAUGCAUACUUCAAUAAAAAUUUAGAUAAAAUUCAAAUUAAUAAAUAAAUAAAGUGUUUGAUCUUCAAGUGUUACUUAUUCUUUGUCGUCCAAGAAAUGGUCUUAGUUGUAAUCCAAAAUGGACUUCAUUUCUCAAAAAAUGUAAUUCUUGUUUAAAAGACUUUGUGAUGAUCCUUUGGAUAAAGUUUGCAAAUAAUGUGAUUGCUCAUACACAAGUGCUUAAUUCAUGCAUGGAUUGCUGAAUAUAUUCCUGAGAUAUUUGGAAAUAUUUUAUAAGUUGAUUGAAAUUGAACUGCUUGUAGAAUUCAAUGUAUGUAAGGAUAUUUCAAACUAUGCAAAAUAUUUUGAUAGUAAUAUACUCUAGUUCUUUAUUAUUUCAAUUUUUAUAUGAAUUGCAUAAAUUUGUAUGCUAAUUUUUACAAUACUAUGCAAAUGAAUACGAAAAUAACUGUCAAUAAAAUAAUUGUUAAUGAAAUGAAUCAGCUAUAUAUCAUAUGGAAAAUAUGUAUUUAUUUUUGACUGCAGCAAUGAAAAUGGUUAAGAUGGGAAAUAUAUUGUUUCAAAUACCAUCAUUAUUAUUAGAAUUACUUUCUUUAAUUAUAGAAAAAGAUAUCUGGGGCUUAAUAGUAAAGACAUAAGAAACUGGCAAAUACAGUAAAAUACUAAUUAUAUGUUUUCAUCUUAUCAAAAAUUUAAAGAUGAGAACUGGAAACUUUUAAGAAAAGUUACCUUUUUAAGGUAUUUUUAACUUAGAAACGAAAUGUAUCUGUUGCGAUAUUAUCAUUUUAAAGACAUUAAUUGCUUUCUUUGUUUAAUUUAGUAGUUAUUACAUUUUAAUUUUUCUAUAUUGUAAAUUGCAAUUAGAAAUCAUUAAUACACAGAUCUUGUAAAUAUUGUUUUUUUUUUCUGAAAUUAAUAACUUGCUUAUCAGAAUUCUUUUGUUAUCUCAGCUUAGAUAAAGCAUGUAAUUUUCUUUAUCUGACCUCUUUCUGUAAUGUGCUAACCUUGCUAUUAAUCAGAUUUAAAAAAAAAAAUUUUUUUUUUUUAAUUAAAAUAAUUUUGUAAAAGAAAUAAUAAUGGAGAAUAAUGGAAGUUGUGUGAAUUAUAACUAAAGUUAUUUUACAUUAAAUUGAACAGAAAUAAUGAUUUAUAUAACAGAAAACAUAUAAAUGGUGUUUUAUUGUUUAUAAAAAUACUUUUAAAAAAAAGAUUAUUAAUUUUGUAGCCUUCAAGUUAUUCAUAUAUACAACUAACUAAUCCUUAUGUAUUUUAAAAAAUUCAUCUAAAAUAUUAAAAAAUAUUUUUGUGCUGUAAAUAAUAUGAAGAAUUAUUUACUUUCUUAUUUUCGAAAUUAAAGUUUGAGAUUGUUUUUUUUUUAUUUUUUUUAUUUUAUCCAUCUAUUCUUACAUAUGUAAGCUUACUCAAAAGCUUUAAUAGUGUUUUUUUCUUGACAAUUUUUAAUGAUUAUAUGAAGAAUUUUAAUGAUUGUCUGACUUUUUUGUAAGAAAAUAGUAUAUUAAGAAUAACUAUGCAAGUUGUAUAAAUUAGUUAUUGAUUUUAUUUGUUCUAAUAGUUCUCUUUCUAUUGUAGAAUACAUAUUAAUGGCUUUGUAUUCUUUAAUCUUAUUAUUCUUUCUGUAAUACUCUUGUUAUGUAUGUUUAGUUGUAGGAUAUUCUUUUUAUUGAAACAUAAAAUAUAUUUUAUUCGUCACUAUUUAGUUGCAUUUUUAUAUGUUUCAAAGAAUGUAGUAUUUGAUUUAACUAAACUAGUCUCACAACACAACCUAUUCACCUCUAUACUAGAUUUCUAGUUGUAUGUUUAAUCAUGUAUUUAACCAUAUAUAUGGUUUCACCUAUGUAUUUCAGCUUUUAGGUUAUUUAUAUUUUAAGAGGGUCUUCAAUUGUCUUUUUUGCUACAUGGUUUAUGCUUUUUUUGAAAAAUAUUUUGUGAGAGAAAUAGUAAUGUUAAAACAUUGAAAUAGCAAGAAACCUAUUUUCAAUUUUGAUUAAAAUUUUUAAUAGAAAGUGUUAAAAGAUUUUUUGGUUUUCUGAGGUUGAAAUUUUCGAUUUUAUAUCAAUUAAUAUUUAAUUACUCUGAAUUUAUUAACUAUAUUAAUUAGUUUUAAUUGAAGGGUGAAUGUGUAUAAUAUAUUAGAUUUUUAUUAUCCAAAUAAAAUAAUUUUAAAAGGAAUGAUUCUAAAAAAAGAAAGAAAAGCAAAUCAAGAACUUUGACUGAUUCUUUAAAUACAACCAUUAUGCUUUUGGUAGCAGGUUAUUAAUUGAAGACCCUAUAUUUUUUUAAAAAAAAAAACUUCAUCUUAAUAUUUUUUUAUUUCAUUGCUCUUGUAUAGAAUUUCAUCUUUUGUCCUGUAGUAUUUCAUGCCUUAUUUAUAUUCGUAUAUUUAUUGAUGAAUUCAUAUAUAAAUUAUUGAUGUUAAAUGAAAUUAAAUAUAUUUGCUUUAUUUAGUUCCUGUAAACUACGAUUCUUUUAUGUAUAUCCUCAAUUUAUGAAAUUAUAUCGAGGUUUCAAUACAAUUUAAUCAUGGCUUGAUUGGUGGAGUGUUGUGAAGUUGUAUGAAUAUCCGGUAUUUUAUUUUUUUUUAAAUUAAAAUAACUCUUCAGCUUUUUAUUAUUAAUACUAUGUUACAGUUUAUAUGAAAUGAAAUCAUUCCAUUUAUAUGUAACUAACUAUAUUUAACUUAAUUUGCUGUAAUUUUUCUGUGCCAAAAUAUACUUUUAGUAUUGACUAAAGGGGGAAAAACAUGUUUAAAAGAGUGUUUUAUUUUUAUUUUUUGGCAAGCUUUAUGAAAACCCUUUUUAAUUUAGUAUCUCAUAAACAAACAUGUAUGUAAUUUCUUCUCCCAUUUAUAAUUUAUUGUAUCGGAAUAAAAAUCCCCCUUAUUCUAGGUUUAAAUGGUUUAUCACUCUUCAGUAUAGAAUAUUUAGUAUAAAAAUGUGUUUAUAUAUUUCUUAUUUUCAGAGUAUUAUUUUCAUUUAUCUUGACUUAUAUAAACAUGAAAAUAAAAUAAAAAUUUAAAAAAAUGAAGAAAAAAAAUUUCAAAAUUUUACAUCAUUAUAUUGUGUGUUUGAAAUAUAGCUAUUGUAAUUGCAGGUGAUGGCGAUAUUAGGUAUGUGAUGUAUUUUCUCACACAUUUUUCUCUGCCUAAAUGAUGAGAUACAUGCUUCAAAUGUUGUGCACAUUUUUAUAGGUAAUAGUGGUCUACCAGUUAUAGAGGAAAAUAACAAAUUGAAUCCAGUGUACCUAAUUCUAUAUUGUUCUUGAUUAGUGUAAAUUUUGUAAAGCAAACAAUGAAAUAAUAGGCAAUUUGUUAAAUAAAUUCUCAAAAAUUUC